AGAUGGAGGCAUUCUCCACUGUAUCCGCUGCCGACAUGGAUGUCUGUGACGAGAAAAAAGGACGUGUACAAUUUAUUAGACGAUCAUUCAUAUUUUAAAGGCAAUAUCCUUAUUAGCGUUUCCAAUGUUCUUCACUACCAUGCUUCUCUGAGGACGGUGUAUGCAAAAAUAUGGCUUUGAGUCAGCUGGGCCUGCUCCGUCCGGGGCUGUGUCGCUCCCUGGGGCCCCUCUUGAGGGCUCCUCUGGCCGUGUCCUCCAGGGUCCCCUACCUGCUCCAGCCCCAGCCCAGGCACCACAUCCCCACCCUCCCCCAAGCCCCCUGCUUGCGUCUCUACGCCACCAAGAAAAGCAAAGCGAAGGCCAAGGCUCAACCGGCAAAAGUGAACAUCAACGCGGCGCUGGUUGAUGACAUCAUCAACCUGGAGAAAGUGAAGGAGGACUUGGAGGCUGUCCUUACUUCACUGAAGGAUGACUUCAGCCGCAACCUCAGCAUCAGAACCUCUCCAGGAGCCCUGGACCACAUCGUGGUGACCACCAAGGAUGGGAAGUUCCCUCUCAACCAGCUGGGCCAGAUCUCCAUGAAGUCUCCUCAGCUCAUCAUGGUCAACAUGACCGGCUUCCCAGAGGCCACAGCUGCUGCCACCCGUGCCCUCAGAGAGAGCAGCAUGAAACUCAACCCUGAAGUGGAAGGGACCAUCAUCAGGGUGCCUAUUCCCAAAGUGACACGGGAGCACCGGGAGAAUCUCGCCAAGCUGGCGAAACAGUUCGGCCACAAGGCCAAGGAGUCUGUGAGGAGGCUGCGGUCUGCAGCCGUCACCCACGUGAAGAAGUCCAAGGAGAGCACCUCCGAGGACACGCUGCACCUCAUCGAGAAACAGCUUCAGCAAAUGGCCGACAGCUAUGCAGCAGACAUCGACAAACAGCUGGCCACCAAGACCAAGGAGCUGCUUAGCUGAAACACACACACACACCAAGACCAAGGAACUGCUUAGCUGAAACACACACACACCAAGACCAAGGAACUGCAGGUGCCGCGACACAAGCAGAAGGAAAAAGUUUCUUACAUUUGAUAAGGGUUUGUACCAACCAUACCAAGUGAUUAAAGGUGAUACCUGGUGAUAUCAGAAGUGUCACCAUGAAAACGUGAAUAGAGGUUUAAGAAAUCCACACAAUGGUGACUACCCACCCUCCUGCUUAGUUAUAGUAAACACAUUUUUGUCAGAGAAGCUGCGUCUGUGCUGUUUUAGCUAGUCUGGCACCGUCCAUGUCGAUGCUGUGUUAGCUAGCUUGGCACAGACUGUGUAUGCCGUAUUGGGUAGCCUGGCACUGUCUCUUUGUGAUGCAUUAUUAGCUAGGCUGGCACCCUCCCUGUUCAAUGUUAUAUUUGUGUGUUUAGUUGGUGAUGCGUAAACAUCAGUUGGCAUGGCACGACAGUGCCUGUCGAUUGCCUCCAUUCCCUGGUCUCCAAACAAACAUACCCAGGCUGCGAUGGGCUUUUAAUGGGUCCUGGGAGCCUCCUGCUAAUCAAACUGAAGCCACGAGAGUCGUUUGUUUAUGUUACAAGGCAGCCCUCUGGAUGUAAACGUUGGCUGUGGCUUCCUUGGGUGGAGUUAUGGAGUCUCGUGGUCUUCCAGUGUUGAAGGAGCUUAGAUAGCCUUAACGGGUUGCCAAACAUUUGUUUCACAUUCGAUGAUAAAAGGGGGGCAGCUACUCCAGAAGAAGAAAAGAAGCCCUGAUUCGUCCUCCCCCCCCGUCCCCUUUUUUCCGUUUGUGUGAGGAUUGAUCCACGAGCUACCCAAACGUAAACACACAAUAAAAGUGGGCAUGUUAUUGAUGGUGGCCAUUACUGGAA